AUGGACUCUAGGCCGGAUGAAGAUACUGAAUGUUAUAAGUUAUUGUGCGGCGUUUGCUUAGAAAAUGCUCAUGAUGUUUGUUGUCCAGAGUGGAAGGUUUACAGAGGCUCUGGAGAAGCUACUUUAUGCACUGGAACUGAGAAGUGCUGUUAUAACCCUGAAAAGGACAAUUGUAAUCAGAAUAAACGGUCUGCUCCAGAGAUUCUGGAUAUAAAAAGAGACACGUCAAAUGCAGAUCAGUGUCCUAAAUGUGUUGGUUUUGGUGACCCUCAUAUACAUACCUUCGAUGGAACAAAAUUCGAUUUUAAUGGGGAUUUAUCCGAGUCGUAUACAAUAUCUAAGAGUGAAGAUGGUGCAGAAUAUUAUUUCAAGAUUGACAUCAUACCUGGGAUAGGACCCCAUCCAAAGGCACCACAUGUGAUCAUUAGUGUAACCAUCUUGUCUGGAGAUAAAACCUAUGUAUUGUCAAGAAAGGGUGAUGGGGUUGACACAAUUAUUAAGGACGAAAAUGGUGAUGACAUAAUGCAAGGGGAAUUAUUUCAAGUAGUACAUAAUGACAUCCUUGCAAUUACAGAAAAUGACGAUGUGAUUGAAAUUCGAAUGGAAAACGCAGUAGUUGUAACGUAUACUGGACCGAAGUUGACUAUACGCAUACCAAGUAGUCUUAAUUAUGUAGUUGAAGGUAUGUGUGGAAACAUGGAUGGUGAUCCGACCAAUGACUUCAAUAAUGCUAAUGGAAUUACGUACAAUGUCAGCAGUAAAACUGGGGCAAAGGAUUUUGUUGACAUGUGGAAGAAUUGA